CCCUAAGUAUCGCGAGAUCUGGUGGCGGGGCUACCAUGGCGGCGGCGUUUGAAGCCUCCGCGGCCGUAACCACCGCGGAGACCGUUAUGCCCGGGGAGCAUGUGACCGGGCAGGCCUCGGCCCUGGAGCCCACUCCCGGGCCCGUGCGGAGCCUGAGGACGGCUCAUGACAUCGGCGGCCCGCGGACUCGCACCGGAGACGUGCUGCUGGCGGAACCCGCGGACUUUGAGUCGCUCCUGCUGUCGCGGCCAGUCCUGGAAGGGCUGCGGGCGGCCGGCUUCGAGAAGCCCUCGCCGGUGCAGCUAAAGGCCAUUCCUCUGGGGCGCUGCGGGCUCGAUUUAAUUGUUCAAGCUAAAUCGGGCACUGGAAAAACCUGUGUAUUCUCCACCAUAGCUUUGGACACUCUUGUUCUUGAAAACUAUAGUACUCAGAUUUUGAUCUUGGCUCCUACAAGAGAAAUUGCUGUACAGAUACAUUCUGUUAUCACAGCCAUUGGAAUAAAAAUGGAAGGCUUAGAGUGUCAUGUUUUUAUUGGAGGAACUCCAUUAUCACAAGACAAAACCAGACUUAAAAAAUGUCAUAUUGCUGUUGGAUCUCCUGGGAGAAUUAAACAACUCAUUGAACUUGACUACUUGAAUCCAGGCAGCAUUCGCCUCUUUAUUCUUGAUGAAGCAGAUAAGCUUUUAGAAGAAGGCAGCUUCCAGGAGCAAAUAAAUUGGAUUUAUUCUUCCUUGCCUGCCAGUAAACAGAUGUUGGCAGUAUCAGCUACUUACCCUGAAUUUCUGGCCAAUGCUUUGACAAGGUAUAUGAGAGAGCCCACUUUUGUAAGAUUGAAUUCCAACGAUCCAAGUCUCAUAGGUUUGAAGCAGUAUUACAAAGUUGUCAAUUUGUACCCUUUGGCACAUAAGAUUUUUGAGGAAAAGGCUCAACAUUUACAGGAACUCUUCAGCAGAAUUCCAUUUAAUCAAGCCUUAGUCUUUUCUAAUUUGCACAGUAGAGCACAACAUUUGGCUGAUAUCCUUUCUUCCAGAGGCUUUCCUGCUGAGUGUAUUUCAGGCAACAUGAAUCAGAAUCAGCGUCUAGAUGCUAUGGCUAAACUGAAGCAGUUUCAUUGCAGAGUCCUCAUUUCUACAGAUUUGACUUCCCGUGGAAUUGAUGCUGAGAAGGUGAACUUGGUUGUAAAUCUGGAUGUACCAUUGGACUGGGAGACAUACAUGCAUCGCAUUGGCAGAGCUGGCCGUUUUGGUACAUUGGGACUGACGGUUACCUAUUGUUGCCGGGGAGAAGAAGAAAAUAUGAUGAUGAAAAUUGCCCACAAAUGUAAUAUCAAUCUUCUCCCUUUACCAGAUCCCAUUCCUCCUGGUCUGAUGGAAGAAUGUUUGGAUUGGGAUGUGGAGGUUAAAGCUGCUAUACAUACAUAUGGCUUAGCAAGUGCACCUACCCAGCCCCUUAAAAAGCAAAUUCAAAAAAUAGAGAGAGCCUUUCAAACUCAGAAAGUUCAUGGUAACCACAUGGCUUCCUCUAGAAAUACUUCUGUAUCUGCAUUAUCAGUCAAAUCAAAAGUUAACACUAAACAAAAGCUUCCUGCAAAAAGCUACUCAGAGUGUGGAAUCAUAGAAAAAGCAACAUCACCUAAAGAACUGGGGUGUGCCAUACAAUUGGAAGAACAAAUGAAGAAUUCUGCUCAGACCCCUGUGGAAAAUUCUACCAGUAGCCAGCCACAGGUCAAAGAAGCUUUACCUGUGUCACUCCCCAAAAUUCCUUGUUUGUCUUCUUUUAAAAUCCAUCAACCAUGCACUUUAACUUUUGCAGAACUGGUAGAAGAUUAUGAACAUUAUAUUAAAGAGGGGUUAGAGAAACCUGUGGAAAUUAUCAGGCACUACACAGGUCCUGGAGAUCAGACUGUGAACCCUCAAAAUGGUUUUGUGAGAAAUAGAGUUACUGAAGAGAGAGUACAGAUAUUGGCAAGUAGUAGCCAAUCAGGAGACUCAGAGAGUGACAGUGAUUCUUACAGCUCCAGGACUUCUUCCCAGAGCAAAGGAAAUAAGUCAUACUUGGAAGGCUCUUCUGAUAUUCAGCUGAAGGACUCUGAAUCUACUCCUGUGGAGGGCCAUAUCUCUUUGGAACAACCUCUGAAUGAAAAUGAUGCCUCCAUUCCAGAGGAAUAUCAAGAAUCACCUGAAAUCCAGAUAAAGGCAAGACAUAAAGAGGGGUCCCACCAGCGAGCUAAGCAGAGCCGAAGAAACCUACCUAGGCGCUCUUCCUAUCGAUUGCAUACAGAACCCCAGGAAGAUGAUUGGUAUGACUGUCAUAGGGAAGCACAUCUAAAUUUUUCUGAUACCUACCAGGAUUAUGAGGAGUACUGGAGAGCUUACUAUAGGGCAUGGCAAGAAUAUUAUGCUGCUGCUUCUCAGUCAUAUUAUUGGAAUGCUCAGAGGCAUCCGAGUUGGAUGGCAGCCUAUCACAUGAAUACAGUUUAUCUACAAGAAAUGAUGCGUGGUAACCAGUGAUUAUAGGAUAUAUCUGAGACCAUCAGAAACUAUCAACAAGCAACUGAUAGAUAUCUGACCUCCUUGACCUAGAAUAGAGUGGCAUACAUAUAGUGGCAUUUUUGAGGAAAUUGAAAAGAUUUAAGACUUUCCACAGCACACAUCUAUUUUUCAGAUUAUUUUGACUAAGUGCAGGUGUAUUACAUCUUUUUUUUUUUUUUUUUUAAUAAAACUUCAUCUUAGAUUCUCUAGAGAAUUUUUGGGGCAUAGAGCUAAAAGUCCCAACAUGCCAUUUUCUGUAAGCUAUUCUCAAAAGAAACAUUUAAGAAGAUGACAUAUAUACCACUGCUUACUUAAAAAAUAAAAAGUUAAGAUUUGAAAAGUAAUAUUGAUUUAUACUGUGGAGUUCUUUACACAAAACUUGAGCUGCAUUUCCAUAUUGUUGCAUUCUUGUAGAAAUCCGUAGCAUGGUAGAUAGAUCUUUUAGGUUUAGGCAGGGAGGAAUAUUUAAAGAUAGCUUUAGGUUUUCCCAAAAGUACUUGAUUUUGGUGUUGUUUACUUCCAGUAAAAAUAUUUGUUACUAGUAAAAACAAAUUUAGCUAAAUGUGUUAACAUGUUAUCUUUUUUAAGUCUUUUGUUGUUGAGAAUGUGAAAACCACAUUUUUACUGUGUAUUUACAACAUAAAUAAGAGUGGCCAUCUUAUUUAUGUUACUCAGUAGAGGAACUGCUUUUAAUGUGUGUUGAUUCUUGGAUUAUUUUUUGAUUUUGAUUAUUUUUUGAUGCUAUAUAGGUGGACCACUAUUUCUUAUUCUAUAAGCAGAAUUUUGAAUAUUGAUUUUGGAGGGUUCAUAGACCCCCCAAAGAACAUCUGUGGAACCCAGGUUAAGAACUGAUCUGCUCUGCUGAUAAGUUAGGGGGAAGUUGUAGUCUUAGUGUUGAGUAUUUUGUGGAAGCAGAUUUCUUCCUAUUUAGCCUCUUCUUCCAAAGUGUCCUAAUCUUGUCUCUUAUAGAAAAAUUUCCUCAAGUUUUACCUU